AUUGAUUUGUGUAAAUGGAUAAGAUUGAAUGACUUGCAGUGUGUAUAUCCAAAUGUAGACAUUGCACUUCGGAUGUACACUUGUACUUCUGCUACAAAAUGUUCGGCCGAGCGAUCUUUUUCUUGUUUAAAGCGCGUUAAAAACUAUUUGCGUUCGACAAUGUCCGAAGAAAGAUUAAAUUAUUUUGCAAUUCUAUGCAACGAAAAAACAAUUUUGCAAGAUUUAGACAUUAAUUUCGUUAUUGAUGAAUUUGCGCGCAGGAAGGCACGUCGUAAAGUUUUGAUAACCCAGCUCACCUCAUAA